AUGCUCCGGGUUUUCGCGCUCAUCUCGUUUGCUCCUGCGUGGGUCGCCUCCUGCAUCGAAGCGGGCAAAGAUGCUAUCGUUCCGCUGAGGAAAUGGCUCGGUGAUCCUAAGGAGUCGUACACCAACCCGACGGUACAGAAGGGUCUUUGUUGCUCCAAUGCCCCCGGCGGCAGACCACCCUCAACCCAGUUGUGGAAUACGGCCCCGGUAGGGUCAAUGGCCCUCCAGACGCAUGGACGCUUCAUGGUCUCUGGCCCAAUUCCUCCCGAGGCAAUAUCCCCUCAUAUUUGCUUCACUGUGAUGUGCGACGAUUCAAGGGACAUUAGUACUGAAGCGGGCAUUCGUCUUUGUGCACCGCCUGCUGCUGAUCAUACGAAAUUCCUCGACAGACCUUGGAAGCUGCCGGAAAGAAGAAAUUCGUGCAAAUGGUACAAUCACAUGGCCGAGGGUCUAGAUUCAUUCUCCAUCUACGUUCCUCAGUACUGGCUGGAGUGGGAGGCCGUUCUGCAGCGUUACACCGGCCACAAUGCGACUGUGCAGUGCGACUCGAGCGGACAUCUUUCAGGGAUAUGGUAUUAUUAUUUUAUACGAAGGAGCGUGGUUGAUGAAGAAUUGAACCUACUGGAACUUCCUCAUGCGCUACCUUCGCGAACGCCAUCAAGUAUCUUCCGAAAAGCCACUAAAGGACUAAUGCUUGCCUAA